GCAGAUGACGAGCGGGAAGAUGUUAAGGCUAUCGCUGAAGCAUCCCCAGCAUCAUCCUUGGGCCUUUUUCUACUUGAAUUCAUGGGCCACGACGGAGGAUGCGCCAAGGGAAGAUGCUAACGCGGUUUAGAGUCUAAAGAUGACACCAAAGCGUUAGGAGGAUCUGCGUCCAAAAUGUCUGGUGCACCAAAGCUGUUUACAAAGGAGAACGUCACAAGAGCACUGCCAUCGAUGAACUUCUUGAAAAGAUUCAGAAGAAAAAGCGAAGGCGAAUCCAGUGAGGAAGAUGAUUAAGGCCCCAACAUAUCCGCGGCUCAUUUCCUUCCGGUUUCCUUCUAAGAUCUAUAGUACCUUUUCCGAACAAAAUAAGAAUCGAGGCCCUUGGUAGGCUUGAAGGACUACUUGGGAUUCAUCUGAAGAAAUGAGGGCAAGAAUAAGUGAAUUGUUUUGAGCUCUAAGAUGAGGAAACGGUAGUGCAAGGGUUGGCGGACCGCAUUGCCGAACAGAGAGAGUAUUGGUACAUGAAAGCGGAUCGAGAGGGCGAUGAGAAUGUGGAGUUGGCAGAUCCGCUGACCUCCGACGACGAGGAUUAAGGCAUCUUUUUGAAAGUUUAGUGACAUUAACUGCAGUAUGAGUGAAGCAUAAACUUAGGACAUGUGUAAUCUUUGGUAUAUUGUCUGUAAGGGAGACAUUCAUCUGAAGAGUCUGCUUCAUCUCAAGGGGAAUAAAAGGCACCCUUCAGGAUGACGUGGAAGAUCACUAUAGAUACUUCUUACUUUAAGUACAUAAAUGAUUUACAAACUGAUGAAACUACUUUAGGGUAGUGAGCUCUAAGAGGAGGUGAAGCCUGGAUCUCUUUUGAAGAAGGAGAGGGUAGAUGCCAAGGAAGUUGAGCUGCUAAACGCCGCAAAACUCGAAGGCGAACUGGAUGACGAUGAGACACCUGACUUUUAUGGACUUGGUGUAUUGGAACAACAAGCUCUACUGGAACAAGUUAGUAGCAGAAAGUAGAGUAGAUAGCAUUUGUAUUGGAACUACAACAACUUCAAGGGCCCACGCACAAGAGGUUCAAGUAGCAGAUAGCAUUUGUAAUGGAAUAAAAUGUUCAGGUAGCUAGUCCUUCAAUAGUGGUUCUUGUAGGUUGUAGCUCACAUUGCGUUUGUCAUGUACAUAUUCAUUUUUCAAAUUCAGUUGUAGCUCUAGUAAGUAAGUAGGCUGUAGUUUAAUGAGUCAACAGUUUUCGUGACAUGAAGAUGCAGCUCAAAUAAUUGUUACAGAUCGUGUGUACUAAGACCCUGCAGGUACAAGUGGUAGGGCCAGGAGCACUACCAGUCAGUUAUCACUUCUUAGAAGUCAUUUAUCCACUACCAUUACCACUUCUUAAAGUUGGUCACUACUUCUUCUAAUGUCUCGAGCUAGGCAGUGAGGCACACGCUGUG